AUGCUGUAUAAAGUUGUGACAAGCAGUAGUUCAAAAGCAGCAGCAUCAAUCUGGUGGCAGGAUAUGAGACAGAGGCGAAAAUAUGCAGAAGGGACAAGGGUUUGUGAAGAGAAAAGUCAAAGAAUUUGUUGGUGUCCCGUGACGUAUGAGGUGCAUGAUGAAAAGAUGGGUGCAGGAAGGAAGACUCAAAAACAUGAUAAAACAAAAACAGAAUUUGUUUGGACAACUUGUAAGCCCAAGUCAUUUAAUAGUCCAACCACAAUCUAA